AUGGCAAAGCUGCAGCUGAACCACAUCGUGCGGGAGACCGGCGACGUGCGGGGCCUGGCCUCCUUCUACGAGGAGGUGCUGGGCUUCGACGAGAUUGAGAACCUCUGCCACGACCGCGCCCUCGCCGCCUUCCACCUCGACGCCGCCUCCUGGGGCGUCAACGUGCAGCCCUACUCCGGCUCGCCCGCCAACUUCGCCGCAUACACCGCGCUCCUCAACCCACACGACCAGAUCAUGGGGCUCGACCUCCCCUCAGGCGGCCACCUCACCCACGGCUACUACACCGCCGGCGGCAAGAAGAUCUCUGGCACCUCCAUCUACUUCGAGAGCCUGCCCUACAAGGUCAGCGCCGCAAAUGGCUACAUCGACUACGACAAGCUCGAGGAGAAGGCCAUGGACUUCCGCCCCAAGAUCAUCAUCUGCGGAGGCAGCGCCUACCCCAGGGACUGGGACUAUGCCAGGCUCAGGGCCAUCGCCGACAAGGUCGGGGCCAUACUCCUCUGCAACAUGGCGCACAUCAGCGGACUGGUCGCCGCGCAGGAAGCUGCAAAUCCUUUUGAGUUCUGUGAUGUGGUUACCACUACAACACACAAGUCUCUCCGGGGACCGAGGGCUGGUAUGAUCUUCUACAGGAAAGGCCCUAAGCCUGCGAAGAAGGGCCAGCCUGAGGGUGUUGUGUAUGACUAUGAGGACAAGAUCAACUUUGCGGUGUUCCCAUCCCUCCAGGGCGGUCCUCACAACCACCAGAUUGCUGCCCUUGCAGUUUCCCUGAAGCAAACUUUGACUCCUGGAUUCAAGGCCUACGCAAAGCAGGUCAAGGCCAACGCUGUUGCCAUUGGAAAAUAUCUCAUGAGCAAGGGUUACAAGAUGGUGACUGAUGGAACUGACAACCAUCUUGUUCUAUGGGAUCUCCGCCCUCUUGGCUUGACUGGAAACAAUGUUGAAAAGAUGUGUGACCUUUGUAGCAUUACAUUGAACAAGAAUGCCGUCUUCAGUGACAGCAGUGCAUUGUCCCCGGGUGGUGUCCGCAUUGGUAAGGAUCACUCCCUCUGCUUUAAUGUUUUAAUUACAUAUGCUGGAGAAGAAGGACCUGCUAUUGAUUCCCGCAGGAUGAGCCCACAACCGCCCCUGGAUCGAUGCUGCUGGAAACGCCCCUGGAUCGCUGCUGCUGCUGGACCUGACCUGGGCGCGUGGAGGAGAAGCAUGCGCGUCUGGGUGUAG